GAGCGCACAUGUAGCGUAGCUUUACUGAACACAUACCACGGUCGAAUAAGCGCAUCAAACUCCCCUCCGCUCCAGAUCCCUGCCAAUGAAAACGCACAAAAGCGUGAAGGAGAGAGAGAACGGACUCCGCGAGAUAAAGAGUGAGCCAAAUCCCACACAAACAGACACAACCCAAGUUAUGCGAUCGAAAGGGCGGUCACAUUUCCUACUCGCAAGCAAACGUGGUUGAUGUGGGUGUUUGUAUCAGUGGGUGUGUAUGCCAAGUCUGACAGCGUUCACAGAUAAGAUGACACUAUUUUCUUGGAAUUCAUGAGAAUCUUUUAAUCUCUGCUAGUAGGCCUACAACAUCCCAUGCGCUCGAGCCGAGGCGCAGUAACCUAUCCUGAACACAGAAGACAUCCAUGUAGCAUAUUUUUGAGAAGACCAGCCUGAAUGAGCUAAAAGAAAGAAAGACACAUCUCGACAAUUUACUGGGAAACAACUUUACGCGCUCUGGAAACAUUUCCAUCACUUCUUCCCAUUUUUGCGCUCCGUGAGCAGGUGUUUCAAGCAAAGCUGUUUUUUUUUUUUUUACUUUCUCCUGUCUUCAAAGGACUUUUGCUCCAGUCUAGAGACGGACGUCUGACUUCAAGUCUAAAUUGAUCGACAUCAGCAAGAGAAAUGGAUAACAGCCCUGGUGGUGGAGUCAUCCUGUAUGCAGGAUCCUCUGGCAGCUCCAGUCCCAGCCCCGGCAGCCCUGGCAGCCCCUCCAGUGGGUACCAGACACAGUCACCUUCUUCACACUCCCAGCCCUCAUCACCAGAGGAGGGGGCCUUCACAGAGAUUGGGGCGUUGAAAUGUAGGACAGCUGGAUGCAAGACAUCAUCCUCCAAACUGAUAUUCCAGUUCCCAGAGGUCUACAGUGCACCCCCAGCGGCAGCCACUCCACAGCAUACCUAUGCACACCCUAUUGGAGGAAAGAGGCCAUGCGGGUUCACAGGAACUUUCACAAAGACAGGUGGGAUGGUCCUGCUCUGCAAAGUCUGUGGGGACAUUGCAUCUGGAUUCCACUAUGGAGUGCAUGCAUGCGAGGGUUGCAAGGGUUUUUUUCGCCGCAGCAUUCAGCAGAACAUCAACUACAAGAUGUGUGUGAAGAAUGAGAACUGUCUAAUCAUGCGCAUGAACCGCAACCGGUGCCAGCACUGCCGCUUCAAGAAAUGCCUUUCUGUUGGCAUGUCAAGAGAUGCUGUGCGUUUUGGCCGCAUCCCCAAGAGAGAAAAGCAGCGACUUCUGGAUGAGAUGCAGAGCUACAUGAACAGCCUAAAUGAGUCAGCCACCGUGGAUGUGGACCCACCUUCAGCGAAGGACACUCCCAGCACCCCAGAAGAUGGCAACUCAAAAGAGGCCAUUGGAGCCAUCUCCAGAGCCUACCGUGACAUCUUCACCAGCAGCAACAGCCGAGGGAGAGCAGCAGAGAGGGCUAACAUCACCAACAACAACAUGUCUCAUGUUUUUCAGGAUGCCAGUUUUACCCAAGUUUCCUCUCUCACCACAUCCACCCAAAGUUAUCAGUCUUGCCCUGUUGUGGCUGCCACUCUAUGCUCAGCUACGCUUGACGACAAACAACCUACGUUUCACAAUUUGGACAACAAUCGUUACACUUACUUAGUUUCAACAAAUCAGAAUCAUGAUCAGUCCAACAGUACAUCUCAAAGGGGCAGCUCUGCCAAUAAUAACAGUUUUCCCAAUGCAGGAAGUACCCAAAAUCAGUCCUCCUGCCCAUGGAAAUUAGCUUCAGGAGCUAAACUGCUGGCCUGUCCUCUGAAUGCGUGGCCUGUGUCAGGGGCCGAGCGCACAAGUCAGGAGAUAUGGGAAUCCUUCUCGCAAUGUUUCACUCCCGCUGUCAAGGAAGUGGUGGAGUUUGCCAAGGGUAUCCCAGGAUUUCAAGAGCUUAGCCAACAAGACCAGGUCAUGUUGCUUAAAUCAGGCACCUUCCAGGUUCUGAUGGUGAGGUUCUGCACCUUGUUCAAUGCUAAGGAGCGUACAGUGACCUUCCUGAAUGGCCAAACUUACCCCCUGUCCACCCUGCAGGCUUUGGGCAUGGGCUCUCUGCUGGAUGCGAUGUUUGAGUUCAGUGAGAAGUUGAGCUCCCUGGGGCUAGAGCCUGAUGAAAUGGCACUCUUUAUGGCUGUGGUUCUGGUCUCUGCAGAUGGUUCUGGCAUCUCUAACAUGCGGGCUGUGGAGCAGCUACAAGAGGGUCUGAUCCGUGCCCUACGGUCACUGAUUACCCGCCGUCGCCCAGAUGACAGCACCCUCUUCCCCAAACUCCUCUUGCGCUUGCCAGACCUGCGCACCCUCAACAAUAUGCACUCCGACAAACUGUUGGCCUUUCGCAUUGACCCUUGAGCAGGCCGCUUGUUCACAGAGACACAGACUGUUUUACAGAAUAUACAGUCCACCACACACAUGUGCACUGAUUUUAUCUACCAAGGACAGGACUUCUUUGAAAAUUGAGAAACAAGGAAUUGUGCAAUCUUAGAGGUGGUUUUCAAAAGGAUAAAUGAGGGCAGUAGCGGACAUAUAUUUGACUCACUAUUGAUCUUUAUGCUAUGCUUUGGGACAAAUAAACACAUGUAUACACAUAAACCUCAACAACUCUUGAGAGACAUUAUUCCAGUAUUAUCAUAUAUAUUUAGUAUUACCAUUCUGGACAAAUCAUGUGUGCACUUUCUCACUAUAUCAAGGGUACUUAAGAAUUUAAGCCAAUUCACUUCUGUGUAUUCCUUAAGACGUACAGUAUCGACAGGACAUCACUAAGCAGCUGCUGAAAGACAAAGUUAUUACUUAGGGACCAUUAUUGGUGAUUGACUAUGUCAUCAUAUGUUCAAAAGAAAGGAAACCUGUAUAAUAAUGCAUAGCAAAAUCCAAAAUAUUAAGGAAAUUAUGUAUCACUGUUUCACAAACAUACCAUCUGCAUUAGUGCUGGAAAAGAGACCAGUAUUCUAAUGUGUCACUUGUACACAAGAGGAUGCAUUCUGUCUCAUACGAUUUUUGACUAAUCUUCCAGAAGCAUUUGGCAAACCUUGGGUUUAAAUAUACCAGUCAAUGGCAUUUUAUAUUAUUUCACAAAAAUAUUGUGUCUGUAUCACUAUAUCGUAUAACAGCGACUGAUGGAGGAGACCCAUGCAUGUUGGGUUUAUUAAUUUUUGUUGUUGCUGUAAAUAUUAUGUUACCCUAUUGUCUGUGUAUCAAUGACUGUAUUGAUGUGAUGAAUUGGACAGAUGAGUUUGGUAUAAAGAAGAAUGUACUGACCUUGGUGGGGGUUUGGUCAUGCCAAGGGUGUUUUGCACAGGAGAAUAUUUAGUAGGGAUUCUCAGAUGGCUUCAAUACACUUCCUGCUAUCAGAUGAUGUAACCUACCAGCAUAAUCCCUGAAAUCACCAGCAAUUACUCCACAUGCACCCAGCUUUCUCUGCCCCCAAUGUUUGUCAUACAAACACAAGAGAGAUUUUUGGGUGAGAGAUCUUAUUUGAUGGGUCUUCUCACUGUUUGCUUGUUUGAUUAUUGCCGAUUGAGCAUCUUGUACAUUUUGUAAAUCUCUCUUCCUAAAUAGAAAUGAUAUAAUGAUAUAAAGAAUUAUGUAUUA